CCUCUUCCCGCCACCACGGCGCCGCUGAAAUUUUCUCUCCAUCGCCGCCGUGACUGCGGCGUAGAACCACCGUAGUCCUGCUUGGGACUUAAACGAAAAUGGUUCAAUUUCACGAGCACAUAGUGACGGAACUCCUCGAAGACGAAAACGGCGGUUUAGUCGUCCUCUCCGCCGGCCUAGCCCUCCACAAGCUCAUCUCCUCUCUUCUCCUCCUCCAUCACUCUUCCCAGGGCUCCCUCCUCAUCCUCUCCGCCUCUCCUUCUCAGAGACACGCCAUCGUUCGAAAUCUCGAGAUCGCGCUCCAACACGAAAGCUCCGUUCCCAGUACAAGUGAAGUUCCCAAUUUGCCCUCGGAGAUUACCUCCGACCUCCCCGCGCACCAGCGCCUGUCGCUCUAUACUUCCGGCGGAGCGUUCUUCAUCACUGCGCGUAUUCUCAUCGUUGACCUCCUCACUCACCGGCUGCCUACUACCGCCGUAGCCGGAAUCCUCCUCCUCAACGCUCACUCCCUCUCUGAUACCUCCACCGAGGCUUUUAUCGUUAGGAUUAUCCGUUCGACUAACCGGUCACUCUAUGUUAGGGCUUUCUCGGACCGCCCUCAUGCCAUGGUCUCCGGCUUCGCCAAGGCUGAACGAACCUUAAAAUGCCUUUGGCUCAGAAAGCUUCAUCUCUGGCCUCGCUUCCAGGUUUAUGUUUCACAGGAUUUGGAGAGGGAUCCUCCAGAGGUUGUGGACAUUAGGGUUCCAAUGUCCCCAUACAUGAUUGGCAUUCAGAAAGCAGUGCUUGAGGUAAUGGAUGCAUGUUUAAAGGAAAUGAGGAAGACUAAUAAAGUCGAUGUGGAGGACUUGACAGUUGAGAAUGGGCUUUUUAAGUCGUUUGAUGAGAUAUUAAGAAGACAGUUGGAUCCUAUUUGGCACACAUUAGGGAAGAAGACAAAGCAGCUUGUUUCAGAUUUGAAGACAUUGAGAAAGUUGUUGGAUUACCUUGUUAGGUAUGAUGCUGUAACUUAUUUGAAGUAUCUGGACUCACUCAGAGCAUCAGAGAGUUUUCGGUCAGUUUGGAUAUUUGCAGAGUCUAGCUACAAGAUUUUUGAGUAUGCUAAGAAGCGGGUUUAUCAUUUUGGGAGGUCAGAUAGUGGACAAUUGGCAGGGCAGAGUAAGAGUAGUGCAACUAGAAAGAGAAAAGCUGGUGAUGACAAGAAGGAUGAAGAUUCAUCAGCAAGUACAAGUAGCAGAGUAGUUUUGCAGGAGGUCUUAGAGGAGGAACCAAAAUGGAAGGUUUUACGUGAUAUUCUUAAAGAGAUACAAGAGGAAAGAGAAAAGGAAGCUACAAGUGGAGAAGUAAUAGCUGCAGAAGACAAUGGCAUUGUUUUAGUGGUUUGCAAAGAUGAACGCUCUUGUGUACAGCUUGAAAAUUGCAUCACAAACUGCCCUCGGAAGGUCAUGCGGGAAGAAUGGGAAAACUAUCUGCUUAGCAAAGUAGAGCUGCAAGCUUUACCAAAACAGAAGAGCAAAAAGAAGCCAAAACAACAAAAACAACCUAAAGGUUUUGGGGUACUUGAUGGAGUUGUUCUCGCAGCAUCUGGGCAAAAGGCAGAAAUUAGUAGCGCAAACAAACAGGAGCAUGAUGCGCUACUAGCAGUGGCAUCGGAAAUUAGUAAGAAAGCUAAAAAAGAUACUGUUAUUGAAGAAACUCUUCCGAAUUCUAUGGAUGGUGGGGAAUGUGACAAUGGAAAGGGGAAAGGAAAGAAGAGGAGGAAGAAGAAGACAGAAACUAGUAAAAGUGACUGUGACUCUGCAACAGUAGAUAUAUCUCAUAGUGUAGGUUCCUCUACAAAUGAAGAGCAGAUGAAUGGAUGCUGUCCGGCUCUUGCUGGUAGCUCCGCUGACAAUGCUGUGAAUGAUGCAUCUCUUAAUGAAGCAUUGCUUCAAAAGGAUGAGAAAACCUUUGGUGCUGAAUCUUCAAUGAAAACUAAACAGCUUCCACCUAUGCACUUUUAUGCCCUGGAGAGUAAUCAGCAUAUACUUGACAUAUUGAAGCCUUCUGUCAUUAUUGUAUACCAUCCUGAGAUUGCAUUUGUGCGAGAAAUUGAAAUUUAUAAAGCUGAAAACCCAUCAAUAAAAGUCAAAGUAUACUUCCUUUUCUAUGAAGAUUCUACUGAGGUCCAAAAGUUUGAGGCAAGUGUACGGAGAGAAAAUGGAGCAUUUGAAUCUUUGAUUAGGCAGAAAUCACUCAUGAUGAUCCCAGUCGAUCAGGAUGGGCAUUGUGCGGGACUGGAUUCUUCUGUUGACACACAGUCCAUACUUUCUCAAAAUCUAAUGACCAGAAAAGCUGGUGGUAGGAAGGAAGCACAGAAGGAAAUGCAAGUUAUAGUGGACAUGAGGGAGUUCAUGAGUAGCCUUCCAAAUGUACUCCACCAGAAAGGUAUGCGCAUUAUACCCGUGACCUUGGAAGUUGGAGACUACAUACUUUCUCCGCUGAUAUGUGUAGAAAGAAAGAGUAUACAAGACCUUUUUGGCAGUUUUGCAUCCGGUCGCCUGUUCCACCAGGUGGAAAUGAUGUCACGGUAUUAUCGCAUCCCUGUUCUUCUGAUUGAGUUUUCUCAAGACAAGAGCUUUUCAUUUCAGUCUGCUAGUGAAAUUGGUGAUGAUGUUACUCCAAACAGCAUCAUAUCCAAGCUAUCUUUGCUUGCUCUCCAUUUCCCCCGCCUUCGUAUUGUCUGGUCACGCAGUUUGCACGCUACUGCUGAAAUAUUUGCUUCUCUGAAAGCAAACCAGGAUGAACCUGAUGAGGUCAAGGCAAUUAGAGUUGGUGUCCCAUCAGAAGAGGGUGUAGUCGAAAAUGAUGUUAGAGCCGAGAACUACAACACAUCAGCCGUGGAAUUCUUGAGACGCCUUCCAGGCGUGACAGACGCCAACUACCGGACCAUAAUGGAUGGCUGCAAAAGCUUGGCAGAUCUCGCUCUCCUUCCCGUGGAGAGACUAGCUGAGCUGAUGGGCGGCCAGAAAGCUGCCAAAACGUUGAGGGAUUUCCUCGAUGCCAAGUAUCCAACUAUGGUUUAGCUCUGCUCGGUUUUUCAAAAUUUCGCUUCCAUUACCAAAAAAUAUGCCUCCUUUUAGUUAUGCUUGCUUGUAGAAUUCAUUUAUGGUGUACAUUGUGUAUUAUGACAUUUUUCGCCUAAAUUGUGUUUUUUGGUUCUUGUUUGUAACUUGUGCUACCAAGAUUUGUUACAUUACCUGUA